UAAAGUUCCAGAAAUGAAAAUAUGGAUCUGACGUAAUUGGCACCUGAAUAAACAAGAAGGCGUCGGUAACCUCAAAAACCGAAUACAGUUUUAAACUUUAAUCCAUCCAUAAAUCCAUAAAUUAGUUGUGAAAUAAAAAAACGCUUACCAGUUUUAGUGCACUAGAAUGUUUUGCCAAAAAUUACACGUUUGCAAAUUAUAAUUGACGCACCCGCUUUUGCAGAAUUUUGAAUAGUAAAAUGAGUUGGCAACUGGAAUGUCCCAAAAAAAAAUGGGUUGGCAACACCAAAAAAACCGUUUUCUGACAUUUGGGUGUAAACAUAACCUGAAAGUUCGCCACGUGAGGUUAUUUUUUCGUAUUAAUUGAACAUAAAUAUCAAAUAUGACAAGAUUUGCCCGUGCAAAAGGCUCAAAGGCGUCCAACGAGAGAGUUCCCGAGGAUGCCACGUCCUGGAGUGAGAUGAAAAAUCAGUUAUUGGAAAAAAAUCAAGAAACUAAGAAGAGACACGAAGCGGACAAACAACGGGAAACUAAUUACAAGGCUUUUCUGCAACAAGUUGAAAACGACGAGAUAAAAAAUAGUAAAUGGGCGGAGUUCCCCGUCGAUAAACCAAAAAAGAAGAAAAUCCUUAAAAUCCUGGAAGAAAAGAGCGGAAUCAAGCGUAAAUCCGACUCCCCCCUUGAAGAGAAUAACAAAAAGGCUAAAAAACCCACCGAAAACGGCGCUUCAAAUGAAGCUAAACCUGCAAAAAAAAUUAAGAAGAAAAAUAAGCCAAACAUUUUGACAAAAAAAGAGCCAUUAACCGAAGAAGAGCAAAAGAAAAUUGAGAAGAAGAAAGAGAAGCGGUUACGUCAGCUUGAAAAAAAGAAGCUGAAGCAACCACAAGUCGCUAGUGUGAAAAAAGCCAAACCUAGAGACAACGAGAAACACGAAAGGCGUAAAAAGCCCCAAAACAGCAUGAUAAUCAAUGGAAAAGAAGUGGAAAUUGCUUACGUUGACGGUUUCCCGAUUAAAAUAGAGGACGCGGAGAGAAUCCGCCAAUUGCGCCAACAAAUGAUCAGCAAAGGUUUACCCAGAAGCGAAAUUAAAAUCGCCUUGAAAUUGGAGAGAAGAAAAGCGGAAAAGGCUUUUGCGCGAGAGAAGAAGAAAGUGUGUUUCAAUUGCCGGAAAUCCGGUCACAAUUUAUCCGAAUGUCCAGAGUUGGGAAAACAAAUCGCUGAAUCGUCAGGAACUGGGAUUUGUUUCAAAUGUGGAUCAACUGAACACACGCAUUUUGAGUGUAAAGUAGUCAGGGGACAAGAAUUCAAGUUUGCGCAAUGUUUCAUCUGUCGGGAGCAGGGGCACAUCGCGCGACAGUGUCCCGACAACGCCAGGGGGCUAUACCCGAAGGGCGGCGCCUGCAAGGUGUGUGGGGACGUGACCCACUUGAAGAAAGACUGUCCAAAGUACCAAAUCCAACAGCAACAACUGCAAGACAGCUUACAAAUUGACACCAUCACCGGUAGCGACAAUCCCGAUGAUAUGAGUAAAAACGACGAAAACAGUCGAAUUGUAAAUAGAAAACCGAAUAAAGUAAUUAAAUUUUAUUUGUGUCUCAUUUAAACCAUCACCCAAU